CACACGAAGAAGUUAAUGGACACGAACAGUGACCAAGAAUAAUUAACACGUUAGCCUUUUUAUUAUUGUUAUUUAAACGUUUAUUAACACCCUGGAACUCAAAAUCGGACUAAUUUAACUGCAAAGUAUCACAUACUUACCGCAUGUUGUGUUUAAUUCGUGUUGGUUACAGGACUUGGGUGAUAGAUGUUAUCUAGGUAACGCUAGUUAGCUGCUAACAAUGGCUAACUCUAACUGUAUGGUUUUUCAUACUCAAAUAGCCUCCGUCAUGGAGGUACUAGCGAAUGCAGCCGUGGCAGAGAUCUGUAAACUCGUAGACGACGACUAUGCAGUGUUUCGUUUAGAAAUAACUCAAGGCCAGAAAGAAAACAGGGCAUUACGGAGGAAACUACUGGAAGUUAAGGUGGCACGGGAGCGCGCAGAGAAGACAUUACGAGAGCGCGUCCUCACCAGUCGACCCAGUAGUGUCAAGAUCCUCGACAGAUACAGAGGAUUGGCAAGAGGUGAAGGACAUCUCACUGGAGGCCACAGGAGCUUUGCGAAGCCAGCGGGACGCAAUACAUGGAGAGAUGACCAACCAAUAACUUUUGAUGAGGGGAGCGGAACCUCAACCCAGCACGUUAUCUUGAUAGAGGUUAAUUCUGCAGAUGUAGAGGCUGCAGGUCCUGGAGAAUCAUCUCUGGUCAAGCAGGAGAGGAUUGAAGGAGAGGAGGACCCACAACACAGCAGAGACAUCCGGACUGGAGCAGCGGCUGUACUGGUACCUCCUGUAGCCACGAAUCACUUAUCCACCGCCGUGCCCCUGCCCAGGGCCCGAUGCAGCAUCACGGAGGUCAGUGGAACACAGAACGCCGUCCUCAAGUCAGAGACGGACACCAAGACUUUAACUGUAACACAAAGGCUUUUACACACAGGAUCUGACCACAGGCUAGACCCAGAGAGACAGGAGCUGGGGAAACUGGGCUGUCCACUUGCUCCCAGAUCAGAGUAUUUACUUUACGGUAACCCGAGACCGAGGACGGUUCAUUCCCAUCGGGACCCAGGUAACGCGUUAGAGACUGGCAAUGAUCCGUCUUGUUCUUACUCUACAGAGAUGGACCCUGGCAACAUGCCCUUGGGUUUAGAGACACAGACUGAUCUGUCUAGAGACGACUGGAACCAGUACAGUAGUAGUGUAUACUCUAAAGGGUGCCAAGAUGAGAAAGGGGAGGGUCUGGUUGUAGAUGAGGUGACUGUGAAAGUGGAGGGGGAUGCUCCUCUGGCAUGGAAUGUAGACGAGACUCACUUAGGAGAAGGACACUCACAAGGCAGAGAUUUCUUAGAUUACAGGGGAAGCUUAAAGACUAAUCUAAAUGUCGCCACCCACUCCCCUUUAGACACAUUCAGGGAUCGCGACCCAGUGUCCACUUCGAUGGGGUCUUCCGAUUCACACGGCCGCGUCUUUUUUGAUCAGGUUUUGAACUCAAACGACACGGCUAGAGCCCAGGCUCAGGGAGGGGUAACAACAUCAGGCAAUAGUAAAGAGAAACGGUUCCGUUGCAUGUUCUGUAACAAAGGCUUCAGCUGCCCUCAGAAGGUGGAAAUUCACCAGAGGGUCCACACUGGGGAGAAACCCUUCAGCUGUACCCAGUGUCACAUGCGCUUCGCCCUGGCUGGCAACCUGAAGAUGCACCUGAAGGUCCACACGGGAGAAAAGCAGUUUGCCUGUACACACUGCGGGAAGAGCUUCUCAGAGAGGAGCUACCUCAGUAUACACCAGCAGAAAAACCAUUCCACUCUAUAACAUAGAAAGUAACCAUUCCACUCGAUAUCCUCUGACGUUUAGAUGAAACCCUGCACAAAGAGAAAUUGGUAUUGUUGUCAGCGGAAAAGAUGCAAAGAUUCUUUUGGAAUGARGAGUGUAACAGAUUUCAGUGUUGAAUAUUGCAUCCAGGCAUUGUGUGAUAUACACUGAGUGUAUGAAACUUUAAGAACACCUUCCUAAUACUGAGUUGUACCACCCCCUUUUGCCCUCAGCACAGACGCAAUUCGUCGGGACAUAGACUUUACAAGAUGUCGAAAGCAUUUCACAGGGAUGCUGGCCCAUGUUGACUCCAAUGCUUCCCACAUUUGUGUCAAGUUCC